GUUUUUGCACAGCACCAAGUUCAACAAUUAUUUUCUCGUCGACUCAUCUUACGGUUUAUUUUUUAGCCUGUGUUUAUUUUCCUUACAUGCCAUCAAAAAUAUCGCGAGUCUUAAAUGAUGUCAAAAUCUCUAUCAUUUCGGUUGCAAGUAAGCUCAAUAAUGGAGAUGGUGGCUAGAACGGCAAUAGAAGAAAUAUGCAAAAUUGUAGACGGCGAUUUUGCGUUUUUACGACAAGAACUGUCUCGGGUCAUGAGUGAAAAUACAGUUCUUAAAGACGAAAUGCUCUGUCUCGGGAGCGAAAGACAAGAAGAAAGCACGCGCAUCACAAAGGAAGAAACACGCGCUGGCUCCAAAAGAUAUCGCUCUAUUUGCGUUCAAACCGAAGAUGGAGCGCAGCCCUCAAUCAAAGGGAUAUUUGGAAAGGAGUGGUGUUCCAGUUUGUGGGAUCGGAGGAACGAGUCCAGAGAAGAUGAUCUAGCCAUCGAUGUCGACCUGUACAGUCUGUCAACUUAUAAGCACAAAGAACAAGAGCCCUCCAACCUGGUCAUAAUUAAAGAGGAGUGUUUUGAAGUGGACACUUAUCCCAGUUUUACAGGGAAAACAACCCAAGCUUCAAGAGGACAGCUGCCAUCUUCUGCAUAUGAGCCGCUGGCAGACUCAAAAAGUUUCGAUGGCCAUUUUGUGUCUGGUGAAUUUUCAGAGAUAUCAGAAAUCCAAAAGGCAUCCUCCGAUUCAUCAGACAAACUCUCUCCAGAAAACUCUAUUGAUAACACUGUCGACCAGUUAAUAGCACCAAUAGAGGAUCCACUGGAAUUUAAUGGUCACUCUAUACUCAACCAAUUUUCAGCAGAACACAAUGGGCAGUUUCCCUCCGAGGCUCAGGAGGAUGGAGAAGCACAGGAAAUAUAUGAGGAUGCUGUAACCACGACAGAACAGUGUGAAAAGAGAGUAAAAGUACAGAAACCACCAAACAACUUCAGUUGCUACAAUGGCGGGAAGGCGUUUCUCCGGAAAAAUGCUGCCAAAAAGCGUCUCAGAAAACAUCGAUUUUCAAAGUUGAAAUCAAACGAGAAGUUUCAGUGUGACGUCUGCGGGAGAAGUUUUCAUUCAAACACCAAUCUCUCGGUUCACUAUUUGGUCCACACAGGGGAAAGACCCAAUAAAUGCAGUUUUUGUGGAAAAGGCUUCUCCCAGAAAGGAAAUUUACAAGUUCAUGAACGCAUCCACAGAGGAGAAAGACCUUUUAGUUGUGGCACCUGUGGAAGGAGUUUCACCCAGAAAGUUUGUCUACGAAAUCACGAACGCAUCCACAGAGGAGAACGACCUUUUACUUGUAUAACCUGCGGAAAGGGUUUCACCCAGAAAGUCACCCUCCAACAACACCUCAUUGUCCAUGACAGAACGGCUAAACCAGUCAGAAAGAAACCUCCUAAUCGCCGGAGGAAAAAACAUGGUGAUAUAAAUUAUAGCUUUAUGUAGCACAAUUCUUUUGGGUAUUUCUCGAUUUGAGAUCGCGGUAGCUGUUUAAAAUGAAAUAUGAGCCGUGGCUGCAGGACCGUUGAAAGAAUGUCUAAGUGUGUAAUACUGUAGAUCAUAGCAGAAAUAUAUAGUCAGAUAUGACUGUGUAUUACUCCGUAAAGUUAUCUCACCAACUAAUUUGUUUCUUCUGUUAAACCAAAGGCACAGCCUUUUUGGUGAUCUUUGACAUCUGGGCUAUAUAUAAGAUGUCUCUUAUGAUCAAUAAGGCUGUAGAAAUUUUAUGAAAACUACAGCAAAAACAGUAACAUUUUGAAAUAUU